AUGAGUUCCACCACUAAACCUGUACGCAGUUCAGAGGAUCCUGUCAGAAAUCUGGAGGUCAAGUUCGAUGAGUGCAUGCUGUCCUUUGAAGCAAAGCUGAAUGCUGCCAAGCCAUCAACUGUGCAGCAACUAGCAGCAGAAUUUGCCCAGUUCAAGGACAUGAUAAAAUCAGGUUUACAAGUGCUGAAGGGGCAAGUCGCAGCACUACACCAGAUUACUGAUGACCUUGACAACCGCAGCCGCCGUAAAUUUCUCUUGUUUCGGGGUAUUGCUGAAGGAAAGGAUGAUGACUUAUUGCCCGCUAUCAGUAAUAUUGUAACUAGUAAUCUGAAGCUACCAUCCAAGGACUUCACAAUAAGUGACAUCAAGUUGUGUUAUCGUGUGGGUUCCACAAGUGACUCCACUAGACCAAGGCCGGUGUUAGUGAAAUUCUCGGAUCUGUCUGUUCGGAGAAAACUCUGGCACUCCAAAAAACAUCUAAAGGGUAGUGGUAUAUCCAUGGCGGAGUUCCUAACUGCCAGGAGGCGGCACAUCUUCAAAGAGGCUCGUAGUGUUUUGGGCAUGGAGCGUUGCUGGACUUCUGAAGGCGUCAUAUUUGUGAAGGAUAUCGACGGAAUGAAGCUGAAGUUGACGUCGAUGCAGCAGCUAAGCGAGCUAACUCAAACUGCAGGGUGUAUGUCGCGGGACGAAGAACCCAAGGCUGGACGAGGGGCGCGGACUGGAAAAAAAAGAAACGCACCAAAC